AAUCGUGUGUGGUUGUUCAAUAACAAACAAACAAAACGAAUCCGAUCACCAAAUUUACUGUAAACAAUUCACAUUUUAUUUGCUGCUAAAUUUUAAGUGCAUAAUGCUUAAAAAGUUCGUUGAAGUCAAUGCGGACGCAAGUCCCUCCGAGAAUCCGUAUGCAGUCCGAACGUAUAUGGGCGACAAUGUAAUCACCGAGUGGAAAGUGGAUAGUUGUCCGCCCCGAGAUCGCGUGUGCCAAAAGAAACCGCCAAACUCGACAAUCUCACAUGUGCUGACCAUCGAGGAUGAGUUGCGUCGCCUGCAUCAAAAGGCCGAAGAGUCGCGUUUCUCUCGCCCGUUCAAGAAGAAGUGCGAUCUCUACGAUGAGUUCAGCAUGUGCAUUGUGCCACAACGCACACCAGAGGAGCUCAAAACCAAUGCAAUAAUGCGUGAGCGUAUCAUAAUGUCCAAAAUGCAGGUGGGACUGGUGGAGCACGAUGCGCGCAUUGAUAAAAUAUGUCCCAAAGAUUUGGUGGCUCUUAAUAGCCCCAUGAACUUGGAAGAGGGGGAAGAGGAGGAGGAUGCUGCCGAGGGCGAGGGGGAGGAAUCGGAAGUGAAGCCCGAGCAAGCGACACCGGAAUGCAGCACCGAUAUGAUCAUUAUACCCGACAAGCGCAUGCUUGAAUUAAAACGUCCCAAAAGUCGCAUUUAUAUCAAUGAAACUCAAGUUGGGCCCUUGGAGGAGUUGCCGUUUCCCACUUAUAAUCCACGUGUGAUUCAAGAAGGCUUAGAGGGUGAAAAUCUGCGCACUUAUGACAUUAUCGAGGGUUGCAGUCCUCAGGAUCUGUGGACCUGGAAUGUGGGCAUGCAGAGGAGGGAAAUGGAUCUGGACCAAGAUUUCAUAACUGCCUCUUUGCCCAAAUAUGCUCACGAUCUCGAACUCACCGUGUACAACAUUCCCGAACAGCUGGGAAAAACCUUUGGAGCUGAGAUUGUAUUUGGUACGCGAAAUAUUUACCCCGAACCCAAGAAAGAAGCAUUUAGACAGACCUAUUACAACCGACCGAGUGAAAUAGCCGCGAUUAUUGUGGCCUUUGUGGAAACGUAUCACAUGAAUCCCGAUUUCUGGACAGCAGGCACCAUGGAUGGCAUCCUCAAACGAGGCGUGAAGCUGUCCAAAAAAAGCCAAAAACUCAAUUACAAAUCAGAGGACAAUGAAUUCGAUAUAUUGCCCCAAGUGAUGGAGCGACAAUCAGCUGUAAGGAUCGUGAUACACUUUACAGGACAAUUCAAGAACGAACCGAAUGUGUACAAAGCUCUCUCGCUCUUCUUUUCCAAAUACACAGCUUGCAUUUUCACCUCACGCGACAUGUUUUUGCUGAUCUGGAAGCGUUGCACAAAUUCCUUUUUCAUCUUUGAUGCAAAUGGUCGCAAUGAUUUGUGUUUGCGUGAUUUUGAGGAAGGGAAAUGUUCGUUGAUGGCCACACGACAUGUGGAGCACUUGGUGCAUUUGAUAACACAAUUUAGUGAUCUAACUCCCGAGGAUGAAUUCAAUAUAUUCGAGAUCUCGCUGACACAGUAUGGCAAGCUAAAAGAAGCGCCGAUCGGCAAGGAUCAGCUAUAUCAUUAUCACAAACUGUGGGCGGUGGUCAAUGAGCAUUAUGCGGUUAAAACUGGUGGCAAUAGCGGUAUUCAACAACCAAUUUCGGGCACUGAGAAGAAUGCUUCACUUGUCGUCUCGUUGAUAGCGCUGAUUUACUCCGAAUUCGAACUAGCGAAGCUCUGGCGACCCAUGACCAUCGAUGACAUUAUACGCUAUGGUGUUGCUUACUACAAAACGCUCCGCAAGAAAUUCCGUUUAGAUGGCAAACGUUGGAAGAACAAGAAGCCAGAGUUGAAUGUGGUUGACUUACCCGAAAUGUUUUUGAUGGGAGCUUUCAAGGCAACAGUGAGAAAAUCCCCAUUUUUGUUAACUGGUCAUGUGACCGACUGCAGUUCGUAUAUGGAAUCGCAGUUGACGCACGCUUUGCAGCAGAUCUUUGAGAUGCCCGAGUGGCCAGGAGCUUUAUUGCAGAUCGACAAUUCGGUGCUGUCCAUUUGGCGUGAUCGUGAAUUCUUCUAUGCCUUCGAUCCUUUUCGUAGGAAUCGUGUUGGCAUGGUCGUUGAUCCCGAUGAUUAUCGCAUCAAGGGUUUGGCAGUGUUGCAAAUGCACACGACCUUUGAUUCCUUUGUAAGGAUUAUCUAUCAGAAUGCGCUGAAGAUGCGUCGAGGUGGCAAGUUCUUUAUCCAUGGCAUACGCACUGGUUGCAUACGUCCGUUGCAAGUGAUGUCACAGCAGACGAACAAGUUUCCCGCGCUGCAAAUGGGUUUGCCGACGUUCACCGAUGAACCGGGUGAAGCGGAGUUGGUGCAGAAGAAGAGCAUCGAGAGCAUACCCGAGGAGGAGCGCAUACCUGUUAAGGAUGAAAAGGAAUUCGUAGAGGAACUCAUACUCUCCAUCAUCAACAACAUUAUUAAGGAGCUGCCUGAACCCAGACUCGAUCGUCCGCAUCUCUAUAAGCAAGCUCAACGGGUGCUCCUGCGCACCGAUAAAGAGAAUCUUCGUGCGUUGCGUCUGAAGAUUAAGCGUGGCUAUGAGCUGGGCGAGGAGGAGCAGGAGGAUCUCAAGCGUGUGCUGACCAUCGAGGAAGAGCUUGAGCUCAAGAGCAACUAUCAGACGUUGCACGAUGGCGCCUACAUCAUCAUGGGCACCACGAAGUUGCCACCUUUGGAUGAGGAGAUGACCAAACUGGGUGGAUUACUUUCUGCCUUGGUUGCUUGCGCUGUUUCUGCCAAGUACAAGGUUUCCACUUGGAAUGCGGAUCUCAUUGAGUUCUGUCUCACUUCGGUGAAUAGUUUCAGUGAAGAAUAUCAGAAUUAUGAGUUUAAUUUAUCGUGCUUGCUAAAUAAGAAGCUGCCCGACAUCGCUGUGGGCAAGAGCAACUUUUCAUUGGUGGUCAAUGAGGUUUACAAGUCCUCGGUGAAUUCCUCGCUGCGUCAGGAUCUGUUGGAGUUGCUCAUCGACAACAAUCGCGUGCUGCUCGUUUGUCAGCACUUUUCGUGCAUCAUCUUCAAGCGAUACAAUUUGCUCUACAUGUUCAUUGGCUUCCCCUGUAAUGCGAUUGGAUAUCGGAAGAGUGGCAGUGGUCCAGCUUGCAUGAUGCGCUUCAUUGAGCUGGAUUCGUUGAUACGUCGCAUUGAGUUUAGCUGCAAACCGCAGGGUUGCAAUGUCAUGAACUACAUUGUGGCUGCUAUCAAAAUAGUUGAUAAUAAUCUCAAGGGACGCUUCCGGCCAUGGAGCAAGGCGGACGAUGAUGCGGAGUACAAUGCGGAGGCAGCGCGUAAGAAGAAGUUGCGCGAACAGCGACUGGAGAAGAUGCGCUACAUCGACGAGGAACUCAAGAAGGAGAACAAGCGCAUUCAGGACUUCCUAGAGGCGAAGAAGUCGCAUGAGGAUCGCAAGAAGCGUAAACCUGAGUACGUGGAUCUUGGCAUCGAUGAGGGCAUGGGCGAAGAAGGCGAAGACCUCGACUACAUGGACAUGGAGGAGGAGGCCGAGGGCGAGGAGGAGAUCGAGCUGAAGCACAAGCCGGGCAAGAAGCUGCCCAAGGAGAUACGCAAAGUGUACAAGCCGCGUCCCAUACUUUACGGCUAUCGGAUGCGCGAAAAGGAUUGCAACUUUAAGAUCCAGGGCAGCAUGAAUAUGGACGGUCGCGAUGAGGGCUCCUUCAAGGAGAUUAAGGCCUGCUAUUUCGCCUCCGCGUUGGCCAUCAUUAGUUGUUCCCUGCGUCCAUUAAAUCAAUGGAACUCGUAUCGCAUUGAUCGGGUUAUCACGCAUGCCAAAUCGAUUGCCACUCGCGUCUGUGAUUUGGAAUCGGUCUUUGAGCGUGUGGUGCGGCAUGUGACCAUCGAUGACUAUGAAUUUGAUAUUUGGAUACGGCUCUUUGAGCCGAUGGGCAUGUGGACGCCAGCUGCCAAGCCGAAUAAGGUGACACCCGAAGCGGGACUCAACAUUAUGAAGAAGAAGCUGCAGAAGACGCUGAGCACGCGCAAAUAUCUGAUGAUCUUUACACCGAAUGGUUGCUUUGCUCUGUUCCACGAUGAGUUCUAUCACCUGUUCGAUCCUUAUGCGAGUAUGGAGACUUGUGGCGAGGAGGAGGAGGAGGAGAAUGCUGGCGGAGAUGAGGAAGAGGGCGAUGGCAAAAAGGAAAAGAAGAAAUGUCCGAAGGGACCCAAACGCUUCCCCGAACGCAACACCGCCUCCUGGGUUCUCUUUGCUGAUGUUGAUGCCAUGUUGGAGUACAUCGAUAAGCGUGUCUCGCAAGCGGAUUGGAAGGAACAGAAUCAGUACAUGUUCUAUGUGGUGGAUGUGCUUUCCUACAAGAAGGCAGCGCCCAAUGCACGCAUCUUGCAGCUGCUCACGGAUCUGUCGGUGCCAAUGACGUGCAACAACAAGCAUUACGGACAUCCAGAGUACGAGAUUUGUGCCACCAACGAGUCGUUGGGUUGGCUGGAGCUGGAGAAUUGUCUGCCCGUUUGGAGUCGCAUGAAUCGUCGCAACACUGCUGGCAAAUAUCGCAAUCUGCCGCUGAGCAAACUCAAGAAAUACGACGUUGAGAUUGAGGGUCGUUUGUGGUCGCUUUGGGGAAAUCUCCAUCCCGAGGCACCGGUCUUUGAGGAUCUCAAUCGUGGCCGGCAAUAUCUGGGCAUCUAUGUGAUUGCCUGUUGUGCUGCCAGCGUCUACAAUCUGAUGGAUUGGAGUGCUCAGCUGCUCGACACGGUUGUUGUGAGUGGCGACAAGUAUUUCACCGAGAGCAUUGCUCAGAUCAACAAGGAGGAUUAUGAGUUCUCGCUGGAGAACCUGAACAUUGACUGCGCCCUCGAGGCCAUUAACUUUGUGGUGCACAUCGAGCAUGUUUGCUAUGGCAAACUGUAUCGUGUGCCUGCUUUCAAUCGCAUGAAUCUCUCCGAGGCUUUGAUCUACUUCUUCAGUCACUAUCAAUAUGGCAUUGUUAUGGUGCGUAAGCGUGCUUUGGCCAUUGGCUUUUGUCCUGGCCACGAUGGUGGAUACUUUAUGUACGAUUGCCAGGAGAAGGAUCAACCACUGUUCCCCAAGCAACAGGGAGCUUCUUAUCUGCUUCGAACGCGGCAUCUGCAGGUGUUGCUCUACUGCAUUGUGGUCACCCUCAAUGUGCCCUUCUAUAACAUUGACUUUAGCAUUCACAAAGUGGAGAUGCUCCGGGAGGGAGCUACUGUAGAGAACGAAGAGGAAGAGGAGGGCGGCGGAUAUUAAUGAAGAAGAGGCGUGUCUCGGUAGUCUGUGUGUUUAAACCAAAUCAUUUAAUUGUCAUUUUUAAGCAACCACUUUGCUAUAAAACUAAAUAACAACAGCAAA